UCGCCUGCCUCUUGUUGCUUUGUUGCGAUAAGCCGAUAAUAACAAACUUCCCCUCCUCUUCCGCACCCUCAAGCCCCCAAACGACGACCACUUCCACACACCACCAUCGAAUUUUCCGUUACACAUAUUCUAACCACCGCCACGUGCUACUCAUUCAUUGGCUCAUCUUUAACAACCACCCUCAUCAUUUCCAUUGAACUACCACUUCCUCUUUUUCUUCAUUCACUUUCACAAAUCACAAACUUCUCUUCCCCCUCCUUCUGCCUCUUGCUAGCUACCUUAAGCUCAGAAAGAAAGAGAGUUAGUUAGUUAGUUUUAAUGGAGAUGGCUGAGGUUGGAGUAGUUAGAACAAGAGCUUCAGCAGCAUUGGCCAUGGAUGUAGCUGUUGCUACUGCUGCAACUUCACCUUCACCCGAUGAACCCGCACUCAAGAGAAGAAAAAUCAAAAGCGAAGACGAAACAAGCCAAGAUCUCAUAAAAUUCUCAGCAUCCUCAUUCUCUGACCAGCUUAAGAGUAGCAUUGACGGUGAGGAAACAGUGCCGCGGGAGGCGGCGGCGGAGGAGGAGGAGGAACGGUCCUCCGACGAAUCUCCAGCGUCAUGUUGUUCGAGCAAUAACGGAUCCUCCACCUGGCUCCACGAAGAGAGCAUCAAAUUCUUAGAUCUUGAGGUUCAGAGCUCCCAGCAGGCUGAAACGUCGGCGUGCUACUGCGAGAACCAAAUAAGGAGAGAAAUGAGCCUCACGAGUGAGCUAGGAAUGAAUUGGCAAGAAGUGGAAUCAUCAAUGGAUAAUAAUUAUAAUUAUAAUAAUGAUAAUAAUAAUAAGCGAACAAGAACAACAACAAUAGUCAAUAAUUCCCGCGUUGUUCUAUCAACGAAGAUGCCAACAGAGUUGGAGCUUGAAGAAUUUUUUGCUACCGCAGAGAAAGACAUCCAGAAACGAUUUUCAGACAAAUAUAAUUUUGAUAUUGUGAAGGAUCUGCCAUUGGAAGGACGCUACGAGUGGAUUCAAGUAAAAUUAACCCCAUAAAUGUGCCCAGUUUCUUGUGCCCAAUAACAUUAUUCCGGUUCAAUAACGAAAUUAAUUGUUGAGCUCCAGAGUGAAUAUUUGUGUAGGAAAAAAAGUUCCUUCCCAAAAUUAUUAAGGAAGGAAAAUAAAAGUGAUAUAUUUGGAUUUGAACAUGCCAAUUGGCAUUUGGCACUUCCCGAAAUCAUUCUUAUAACGUUAAUAAUCUACUUUAGCUACAUUCAAAUUUU